GCAAAAUAAUACGGUGUUAUCGAUAACAUUUUGAGCUCGUUCGCAUAAAAUAAAUAUUUUCCGGCGUUUUAAAAUGUUCUCCCUGCUACAUAAAGAAGAAAAUGCCCACGACAAUGCGCUGUGGGCUUGCUCCUGGGGCCGCGACACCGCCGAUCCGGAUCCGGAUGACGCGGGCACGGAGCCCGAGGAGGAGAAUCCCUUCGACUUUGACAAGAAGGAGGCGCGUCCCAAGGACUUUAUAGUCACCGGCGGUCUGGACGACUUGGUGAAGGUGUGGGAUCUGCGCGAGGACAACACCUUGAAGCUGCGCCACCAGCUGAAGGGUCAUGCUUUGGGAGUCGUUUCCGUGGCCGUCAGUUCCGAUGGACAGACCAUUGCCAGCAGCUCCCUGGAUUCAACAAUGUGCCUUUGGGAUGCCCGUUCCGGGGACAAGAAACACCUGCUCACCUUCGGACCCGUAGAUCUCUGGACGGUGGGAUUCUCGCCCUGCAACAAAUACGUGAUAUCCGGCCUGAAUGACGGCAAAAUCUCCAUGUACAGCGUGGAAACGGGCAAAGCUGAGCAGACGCUGGAUGCCCAGAAUGGCAAAUACACGCUUAGCAUUGCCUACAGUCCGGAUGGCAAGUACAUAGCCAGUGGAGCCAUCGAUGGCAUCAUCACCAUAUUCGAUGUGGCGGCGGGCAAGGUUGUUCAAACUCUAGAGGGUCAUGCCAUGCCGGUUCGUAGUCUAUGCUUUUCACCCAACUCGCAGAUGCUGCUGACCGGUUCCGAUGAUGGCCACAUGAAGCUUUAUGAUGUAACCCACUCGGAUGUUGUGGGCACCCUCUCUGGCCACGCCUCCUGGGUGCUGUGCGUGUCCUUUUCCGAGGAUGGCAAGCAUUUCGCCAGCUCCUCCAGCGAUCGCAGCGUCAAGGUAUGGGACACCUCGGAGCGCAAGUGCCUGCACUCCUUCGCCGAGCACUCGGAUCAGGUGUGGGGCGUUCGCUAUAGUCCCGGCAACGACAAGGUGGUCUCCGCCUCCGAAGACAAGUCCCUCAACAUUUACUACUGUCCGCCCAAUGCCAUUGUGUGAUCCCCGCCGUUUCGUACAAUAAAGCGUAGGUUUAAAACGAAAAA